AACGGAUAAGGUGUAGAAAUAUAACACUAGGCACUGGUAGAAAUGUUGAAAGGUGAUGUAUGUGAAGAACAAGGGCAGGUAGAAGAGUAGCAGUGUAAGCAUUUCUUCAAUGGCGGCCCCUGUCAAAGUGUACGGCCCGCCUCUCUCUACCGCGGUCUCAAGGGUUCUAGCUUGUCUCCUUGAGAAAGAUGUCCACUUUCAACUCGUCUCUGUCAACAUGGCCAAAGGUGAACACAAGACCACCGACUACCUAAAGAUCCAGCCCUUUGGCCAAGUACCGGCAUUUCAAGAUGACCAAAUCACUCUCUUCGAAUCCAGAGCUAUAUCGCGAUACAUAUGCGAUAAAUAUGCAAACCAAGGAUGCAAGGGACUGUAUGGAACAAACCCAUUGGUGAAGGCAUCAAUAGAGCAGUGGAUAGAAGCAGAGUCACAAACCUUCAAUCCACCAAGCUCGGCUCUUGUAUUCCAGUUGGCUUUCGCACCGCGAAUGAAUAUGAAGCAGGAUGAGAAGCUGAUCAAGCAGAACGAAGAGAAGCUUGGCAAAGUGCUUGAUGUGUACGAGAAGAGGCUCGGAGAGAGCCAGUACUUGGCGGGUGAUGAGUUCACACUGGCUGAUCUCUCUCACCUACCGAACAUUCAGUAUUUGGUGAGUGUGACUGAUAAAGGAGACCUAUUCACUUCGAGGGAGAAUGUGGGGCGGUGGUGGAGUGAGAUUUCAAGCCGGGAGUCGUGGAAGAAGGUGGUUGAAAUGCAGAGUCUACCACCUCCUCCACAGAGCUCCUGAGUUUUAUCUUUUGACUAUUUUCUUGUUUGUAUUGUGGCCCAUCUAACCAUGCACUCCUAUUGGGAUGGUAUAUAACGUCCAAUUAUAUUAUUUGAACUAUAUGUAUGUUAUACACAAGCUAAGAAAAUGAAAUAAUAUAUGUAUCAAGACCUUCUUGGAGAAAGUGGGAAGCAAUACCCCAUAGGAUGAUCAUGAGCCGAUGAAGAGUUGUUUAAGUUGUGGAGCAAAUAAGAAGGGGAAGAGUCCCUGCUGGUACAAGUGUUUUGAGGACUAGUGAAGAAGGCAGGAGAAGAAGUUGGACUGCCUAAUCCUCUGCGUUUCUUCUGCCUUUGUUUCGCUUCCUUUUGCCAUUUCUUCACAGCCUUUGCUGUUUGCUCUUCAAAUAUUGCAGUCUUCAUGUGUGAUCCCAUCUGCAUAUACAUAUGUAUAUAUCAACCUCAUCCAUCACUUUUAUGCA